AAUUCUUCUUCCCUUUUUUCUUUUUCCACAUCCUUUUGUGUUUUGAGCAACCCAAAAAAUGGCUCGUAAGAAGGUAAAACUAGCUUACAUAGUGAAUGAUUCAGCAAGGAAAGCAACCUUUAGGAAGAGGAAGAAGGGCUUGAUGAAGAAGGUGAGUGAAUUGAGCACUCUGUGCGGGAUCGAUGCGUGCACUAUAAUCUACAGCCCGUAUGAACCCCAACCUGAGGUGUGGCCCAACCCAGAUGGAGUCCAGCGGGUCAUUGAUCAAUUCAAGAGGAUGCCGGAAAUGGAGCAGACCAAGAAAAUGGUCAACCAGGAGAGUUUUAUACGGCAGAGGAUUGCGAAAGCCGGUGAACAGCUGAAGAAAAUUCACAUGGAGAAUAGGGAGAAGCAUAUCACGGAGGUGAUAUUCCAAAGCCUCAUUGGAAAAUCGGUUGAGGAAAUGCCCAUUGCUGAUCUGAAUGAUGUGGGUUGGUUACUUGAUCAGAAUUUGAAAGGGAUUCAGAAGAAGAUGGAGUCUCUCCAGAAGCUGCCACCGCCGCCCACCCUACUAGAUGGGCUGCUGCAACCACAACCAUUAUUGCAACCACCACCGGUGGUUGCUCCUAUGGUAGCUCUACCUCCUAAUACUAGGGGUGCAUCUUCAUCAUCAAUGCAGGGGGGUAUGGAUGGGCCCCACAUGACACAAUUGUUUACUGAUUGGAUGAAUAAUCCUAAUGAUCAAAACAUGGGAUUUGGUAAUGGGGAAGACAUGUUGAUGCAGCUCCCUGAUAACCACAAUUCUAUGGGGAAGAACGGUUUUUUCCCUUGAUUUAAGUUUUAACUCAUAUGGAUUUAGUCCAUCAUAUCUCAAGGAUUUUAGUAUUAUUUGUCUCGUGGUCUUUAUGUUUCUGUUUUUUUUUUCAAUAGUUUUUUCAUGUAAGGUUUUUAGCUUG